AUGCGGAGCCCCCACCGAGCCUUCAUGACUGGACCUACCGACGUUAUCUGCCCGAGGGAGUUAUCCAACUGGUCUCUGUGCUCCAAGGUCUCUGUGCUCCAAGGUCUCUGUGCUCCAAGGUCUCUGUGCUCCAACGUCUCUGUGUUCCAACGUCUCUGUGUUCCAAGGUUUCUGUGCUCCAAGGUCUCUGUGUUCCAAGGUUUCUGUGUUCCGCGGUUUCCUACAGGGAACCUAUAUAGCACCGUAGAGGAAGGAUUCAGACCCAAUUCUUCCAACUACGGCAAUGGAACCAAUGCCAUCACUGAAUUCUACGCCAGCGCCGACUAUGACGAAGAGUACGAGAAUGAACUCUGUUCCAAGACAGACGUGGUCAGGUUCGGAGCCCUCGUCACACCCAUGGUCCUCUCCGUGGUCAUUGUGCUAAGCCUUGUGGGUAACCUGCUGGUGCUGGUGAUUCUGGCCAGGUACGAGCAUCUUCGGUCACUGACAAAUGCGUUCAUGAUGAACCUGGCGUUGUCUGACCUGGUGUUCACCUGCGGUCUCCCCUUCUGGGUCUCCUAUCACCUGAAUGGCUGGAGCUACGGUGACCUCACCUGUAAGGCGGUCAGCUUCCUGUUCUAUGCUGGCUACUACAGCAGUGGCAUCUUCCUCAUCCUAAUGACGCUGCAUCGUUACCUGGCCGUGCUCCACCCCCUGUCUCACCUGCUGUCAGGCUCCUCCCACUCUCAGGGCACCUGGAGCGCUGUUGUAUCAUUGGUCGUCUGGACCGUCAGUCUGUUAGCUGCUAUGCCAGCUCUUAUCUUUACCAAGGUCAUCAUCAGUGAUGUCAGCUGGAGGCUGUGGGGGGUCUACCAACAGAACAUCCUGUUCAUAGUGACAUUAUUAGUGGUGUGUGUCUGUUACAGUCAGAUUCUAGUCCGCCUCCUGAGGCCCAGGGUUAGGGUUAGACGCCAGAGGAGCGGAGGAUACAGGAGGAGUCAGAGGACUGCCCGGCUGGUCUUCGGCCUGGUCCUGGUUUUCUUUGUGGGCUGGGCGCCGUACAACGUGGUCAUCUUCCUCAGGACGCUGGUGUAUAAGAGUCAAGAUGGCGGCGAUGCUGGCAGUGCUGAGUCAUCCACAACACUAUGGGAGGAGUGUGGCACCAGCAACACGUUGGACUACUCCUUCUAUGUGACCAGGCUGCUGGCGUUCUCCUACUGCUGUCUCAACCCUCUGUUCUACGUGUUCGUUGGGGUCAAGUUCCGGAACCACCUGAAGAGACUGUUGAAGGGUUGUUGUCAUGGUGUUACCGUUGUCAAUAACAACAACUUCAGUGUUCUGAACAGGAGCAGCAGACUGACAUCACAGUCCAGUGGGGAGUUCUCACUUUAA